AUGACGACAUCAAGCGCCAAAGUGCCAGUAAACUUCAUUCGCGGAUGGCCCGCGCCCAGCCUUCUUCCGGCCAGCAAACUGAAGGCAGCAUCCGCCACGGUCCUGUCCGACCCGAAGCUCUUUGUUCCGGGGCUAGAAUACGGACCGGAUCCGGGAUACCAGCCGCUACGGGAAGAGCUCGCAUGCUUCUUGGGAGACUUCUUCGGCGUUGCUCCGGACCCGCGCCGCAUCUGCAUCACCGGCGGUGCCAGCCAGAAUGUGGCUUGUCUACUCCAGUCCUUCACGGACCCGGCCUACACGCAGGCUGUCUGGGUGGUGGCACCAUGUUAUCAUCUUAUAUGUCCAAUCCUCGAGGAUUCUGGCUUUAGGAACCGGCUACGGAGCAUCCCCGAAGACGAAGAGGGUAUGAGAGUUGAUCUUCUAGAGGAGGGUCUUAAGGAAUUUGAAAAUGCUAAGCCGAGGGACCCAGUCUACAAAGAACUCUCACCGGAUCGUAAAGCAUACAGGCACAUCAUCUACGUCGUCCCGACAUGCUCCAACCCGUCCGGCAAGACCAUGACCCCGGCCCGCCGUCGAGCCAUCGUGGAGGUGGCGCGGUCGUACGACUGUCUCGUCAUCUGCGAUGAUGUCUACGACUUCCUCACCUGGCCCGUCCUCUCCCCGCCGCCAUCCUCAACCGCCCCCGCCGCCUCUCUGGUGCCCUCGCCCCCGCCGCUCCCGCGCCUCGUCGACCUCGACCGCGCCCUCGGCCCGUCGCCCCACGACGCCGCCUCGGGCGGGCACUUCGGGCACGUCGUCUCCAACGGGUCCUUCUCCAAGAUCCUCGGCCCCGGGAUGCGCACCGGCUGGGCCGAGGGCUCUCCCGCCCUCGCCCACGGCCUCUCCGCGACGGGGUCCUCGCGGUCGGGAGGCGCGCCGAGCCAGCUGGCGGCGGCGAUCGCCUGCGAGGUCCUGCGCUGCGGCGCCCUCGAGGACCACCUGCGCGACCUCGUGCGCCCGGCCCUGCAGCGCCGGCACGGCCUGCUCGUCGACGCGGCGCGGCGCGAGCUGGCGCCGCUCGGCGUCGAGUUCGUGAGCCGCAACUGGGAGGCGGACGGCGUGGGGAUCUACGGCGGGUACUUCCUCUGGCUGAGGCUGGGAGAAGGCCUGCCGGGAGCGAGCGAGGUGGCGAAGCGGUGCAAGGAGCACGAGAACUUGAUCAUUGCCGCGGGCCAGAUGUUUGCGGUCAAAGGCGAUGAACAAGCUGUCGAUCUAGACAGGAACGUGAGACUGUGCUUUUCGUACCUAGAUGAGGCCUUGAUGGUAGAAGGGGUGGAGAGGUUAGCCCAUGUACUGAGAACAUGGAACGAACCCCUGGGCCCAGACUCGCAACGGGAUCAAGGGCUCAACAUGGCAACUUUCAAAUGA